AUGCCUGCACCACACGGAGGAAAAUUACAAGAUUUAGUCGCUAGAGACUUACCUCGUCACGACGCCUUAUUGGAAGAAUCAACCAAGUUGACUCAUCAAUGGGUUUUAACAGAACGUCAAAUCUGUGAUAUUGAACUGAUCUUAAAUGGUGGGUUCUCCCCGCUUAAUGGGUUUUUAAACCAAGCAGAUUACGAUUCCGUAGUCUCUACCAGUCGUCUUGUAGACGGUACCCUAUGGCCAAUGCCAAUCACUUUGGAUAUUAAUGAUGAAUCCUUCAUCAAAAGUGGUAUUCAAACUGGAGAACGUAUUGUUCUAUCUCAAGAUGGUGAAAUUCCAAUCGCUAUCCUAACAAUUGGAGACAUUUGGCAACCAAACAAAUCUCUAGAAGCUGCUAAUGUAUUUCGUGGUGAUCCUGAACAUCCAGCAAUUCGUUAUUUGAAUGAGCAAGCUGGUGAUUGGUACAUUGGUGGUUCCUUAGAAUGUAUCCAACUACCUGUCCAUUAUGACUACCCUGGCGCUCGUAGAACCCCAGCUCAAUUGAGAGCAGAAUUUGAUUCUCGUCACUGGGAUCGUGUUGUUGCCUUUCAAACUAGAAACCCAAUGCAUAGAGCCCAUAGAGAAUUGACUGUUAGAGCUGCUAGAGAGACUAAUGCUAAGAUCUUGAUUCAUCCAGUGGUUGGGUUGACCAAACCUGGUGAUAUUGACCAUCAUACAAGAGUGCGUGCCUAUAAUGAAAUUGUUAAAAGAUACCCUGCCGGGAUGGCUCUGGUAUCCUUAUUACCAUUGGCAAUGAGAAUGGCCGGUGAUCGUGAGGCUCUAUGGCAUGCAAUCAUUAGAAAAAAUUAUGGUGCUACCCAUUUCAUUGUUGGUAGAGAUCAUGCAGGUCCAGGUAAAAACUCAAAGGGUGUCGAUUUCUAUGGUCCUUAUGAUGCUCAAGAAUUAGUUGAAUCACAUCGUGAUGAAUUACAAAUUACUGUAGUACCAUUUAGAAUGGUUACUUACUUACCAGAUGAAGAUAGAUAUGCUCCAAUUGAUACUGUGGAUACAUCAGUUACACGUACUUUGAAUAUUAGUGGUACUGAAUUAAGACGUCGUUUAAAGGUCGGUGCUUCCAUCCCAGAAUGGUUCUCUUACCCAGAAGUCGUUAAAAUUCUAAGAGAAUCUAACCCACCAAGACCAAAACAAGGGUUUGCUCUAUCUUUAUUACCUGAGAAUUUAAAUGUCUCUACAAGACAAUUAUCAACUGCAUUAUUAUCUAUCUUCCUUCAAUUUGGUGGUGAAAGGUAUUAUAAAGUCUUAGAUCGUCAAUUUGGAAACAAUGACAUUUUACGUGAAUUGAUAAAUGAUUUUGUCCAAGCUGGUUCAGGUCUAAUUAUUCCAUCUGAUGUCACCGAAGUUAAGGGUGGAUUGACAAACGUUUACACUGUCGGUAAUUCUGAUGACGCUGAUAUCAAAGUUAGUGGAACCGACAGUUCUGUAUUUGAUAUCGUUCAAAGAGUAGUCUUAUUCUUGGAAGAUAAUGGUUAUAUCAACUUUUGA